UUCCAAGACACUCGCACGCAGACAUCACAGGCUCGAACCGAUCGAAAAACUUUUGAGCAGAGAAAUGGAGCUAAUCACAAAUGUCUCCGAGUAUGAGCAGCUUGCAAAGCAGAAGCUGCCGAAGAUGAUCUACGACUACUACGCCUCUGGUGCAGAAGAUCAGUGGACUCUCAAGGAGAACAGGGAGGCCUUCUCUAGAAUUCUGUUUCGGCCACGUAUACUGAUUAAUGUAUCCCGUAUCAACAUGGCCACAAAUGUCUUGGGCUUCAACAUUUCCAUGCCUAUAAUGAUUGCUCCCUCAGCCAUGCAGAAAAUGGCACACCCUGAAGGAGAACUUGCUACUGCAAGAGCUGCUGCUGCUGAAGGAACUAUAAUGACAUUGUCUUCAUGGUCUACUUCUAGUGUUGAAGAGGUUAAUUCAGUAGGACCAGGAAUACGUUUCUUCCAACUCUACGUUUACAAGGAUAGGAAUAUAGUACGACAACUUGUAAGAAGGGCUGAAAUGGCUGGCUUCAAGGCGAUUGCGCUCACUGUCGACACUCCAAGGCUUGGUCGCAGGGAAGCUGAUAUCAAGAACAGAUUCACCUUACCUCCACAUCUGGUGUUGAAAAAUUUUGAAGCACUGGAUCUAGGCAAGAUGGACAAGACAAAUGAUUCUGGCCUUGCUUCCUAUGUUGCUAGCCAAGUUGACCGCUCUCUUUCUUGGGAGGACGUCAAGUGGUUACAGACGAUCACCUCGUUGCCGAUCUUAGUGAAAGGAGUCAUGACGGCAGAAGACACUAGGCUUGCUGUCGAAAGUGGCGCAGCCGGUAUCAUCGUGUCCAACCACGGCGCUCGCCAGCUAGACUAUGUUCCUGCAACUAUCAGCUGCCUGGAAGAGGUCGUCAGGGAAGCGAAGGGGCGGCUGCCGGUGUUCCUCGACGGCGGCGUCCGCCGUGGCACGGACGUGUUCAAGGCCCUGGCGCUGGGAGCUUCAGGAGUGUUUAUCGGCAGGCCGGUGCUGUUCUCGCUCGCCGUGGACGGCGAGGCCGGCGUGAGGAAGGUGUUGCAGAUGCUCCGCGACGAGCUGGAGCUCACCAUGGCGCUCAGCGGCUGCACGACGCUCGACGAGAUCACCCGCAACCACGUCGUCACCGACAGCGACAGGAUCCGCCGCUCCAGGCUGUAGAGCUCGGCGUUUUCGAAUUUGUCCAUUUACGCUAGCUAAUCCAUUUAGGAUGAUGCUACUGCUGUUAUUGUGAUCUCAUUUGAUGCCGGGUUAAUAAGGAGAUGGAGGCUGGAUGUUGUGCCUCCAGGAGUAUGUAGCAUGUUCUUAAUUAGUAGUUGCAGACUUGCAGUAUUGCUGUUGUCUGCGCUCUGCACGCCUUGUGGCUAUUCAUACCCUUCUCUUGAAUUUCUUUUGCUUACGCUUAUAAUCAAAAACUUAAAUUUUUAAUAU